AACUGAUGCUUCCAAGAAAAUUAACUCUGGUACCUGUCCAAUUUUCUCGAGUUUUUCUCCCUCCUCUCUACCUAGAUCUCGCAGAAAAUGUCUGAUGGUAGCAUGGACAUGCCUAUGCCUAAUUCAGGGUCAAUGUCAAACGAUAGCAUGAAAUCGAUGGGUAUGCACAUGAGCUUCUACUGGGGUAAGGAUGUGAUUGUUCUGUUCCCAGGAUGGCCUGAAAGCAACUCCGGCAUGUAUGUAUUGGCGAUCUUCUUCGUGCUGUUGCUAGCCGCCACUAUUGAGGUUCUGUCUAUGUUACCGCUAGUUAAACCUGGCACCAGACCUAUUCUUGGGGCUUUCACUCAGGCCAGUGUUCAUGCUGUCCGAAUGUGCUUUGCUUACAUGGUUAUGCUCUCUGUAAUGUCCUACAAUCUUGGAAUCUUCAUAGCUGCCGUUGCUGGUCAUGCUAUCGGGUUCUUCGUCGUCAAGUUUCGUGCUGUGACUAAGGAAACCGAGCAGCAGUACAUGUCUCCCAACGGCAUCAGUUCUAAAACGUGAAAUUGCUGUGCUGAUCAUGUAAUUUCCUGAAUUUUAACCCAUUUGAUUCAGGAUAUAAAGCUUAAGCUAGAGAUUCAAAAUUUAAGUUUCAAACCUCCCUUUUGUAUCAAUAACAUAUAAUUAAGUUGCUCAUGCUUUGUCUCUCUUUCUGUUAAGCAAUUUUCAUUUGCCAAAUGAUCUCUCUAUAGCAAUUUUAUUAUGCUUUAUGGGUAUGGAUCUGAUGAAUUACUGUUGAUU